AUGUCUAAUGGACAGAAGCUGUCAGGGUCUGGCAGUAACCAGUCCCAACCCAAAAUAUUUCCCCCUGAGACUGGGUCAUCAGAUUCCAGCUCUGCUCUCACAGUGGAAAAUGUGAAAAGGCUGGAAAAUGAAUACACGACUUCUAAAGAAGCCUUCACUAAACAGAGAAUACAAGAUUAUAUUAAGCAGACUAACCUUGCUUGCUUCAACAAAGAGACAACCAGGGAAGCCAGCACAGAGCCUGUCCAGGAUGCAGAGCCUGGACCCUCCUCGUCCUUCCCUGUAAAGCAGAGCAAAAAUAGCAAAGAAGUUUGUUGGAAGACCUCUGAAGAAAUAUCAAGGAAAGAUAAGAUGUUAACAGUUGUGGAGGUGCUCUCCAGGCACAGCGAGGUGUACUCUGAGGUUGGAGAGAGCAAAGGGGCCACCGAAAAUGAAGAAGAGGCAGCAGCCCAGGAUGGAGAGGAGAAUACCCAAGCAGGACUGUGUGAGCAAGCUGGAAAGGAGGUGCAAAGCGAGAGGCUCCUCGUUUGUAUCCAUCAGAUGGCUGUCACUAAGGUCUGGGUCCCACCAGGACCUACAGAGGUCACCUCUUUGUCUUCCACGGAGCUAACUGGCAACUCUUCCUUAGAAAAAGAUGCAUGGGAGCCUGUUGAGCUUGCCCAAGGGAGUCCAAGGCCAGAGUUGGACAAGGAGCUGCUGUCUACGGGAGGAGAGCACAAGGAUGAUGAGACGGAGACUUCCCUCUGCUCAGGCAAGGAGACCACCUGGACAGAGGAGGCUGUCAUGUGUACCUUUUGCAGCACUCCUGAAAAGCCAGUCCCAACAGUGAUGGAUCUGAAGGAACAACCCCAGGAAAAUCUCUUUUGCUGCAGGACAUAUAAGGAAAUGUUUGAUGAUAUUAUUCAAGACCUGAUGAGCGAAGAUGAAGCAGAGGAGGAAGAGCUGGACAUCACUUCCUAUGCUGACCCUUCCCAAGCUGACCUGAAGAACAGCAUCAAGGAGAAACUGCUGCAGCAGUUGGAUGAAGGAGCCUUUGAGAGCUACAGGGAAAUACUUCAGCAGUAUAUGAAAUUUGUUGCCCUGACCAGAAUCUCGUUCAGACUCUCAAAACAAAAUGAAUACGCUGUCAGGCCAAAAAUCGACCCUUUCCAAAAAUACCAACCAACAUCAGCACCUACAGAAGACCUGCUGGAGCUGGACAGUGAGUUUGUUGCAGUGCACUUAAAGCACUGCCGUUCUCCUGAGCCCGUGAGACGACAUUAUCCUGAUGGACAGACCUUUUUUCUCCUGUUCCCAGAUGGAAGUGGUCAGGUUUACUACCCAUCGGGCAACGUGGCCAUUCUCAUCACGUUCUCUGAGGAAGCCCUGUUCACCUACUGCAUCCUGGAGGACAGCAGAUACCCAGGGAUCAGGGCUGCCUUUGGGAGCCACGGCCACGGGGUCUGCUUCCACCCUGAUGGCCAUCUCUGCGUUGUGUUUGUCCCCAGGGCCUCCCUGAAUCCCUGCACUGGGAUCUACUUGGACCAGGAAAGGGCCAGUCAGAAGUGUUGGACGUGGCAUGACUUCAGCCACCACACUCACAGCCCUCCGUUCCAGUCCAUCACCAUGAAACUGAACGGCUACAUCACCAUCAAAAUCCUGGCUCAGGAUCAAAUUGAUUUAUCGUUCACCAGCCACAGCGAUUGCAUCCGUUUCAACAUGGGGUCCCGGCUGAAGUUAAAAGACCCAGAGGCAAGUCACCUACUUCAGUGGCCAGAAAGUGAAGAGGAGCUCUUCCUUCAGUCUAAAACGAUUCAGCUCAGGAGCCUGCUGUCCAAAAUACAGAGAGCGUUGAAAUGCUUUUGGCAACCCCUCUCUCAGUGA